AUGUCUACCUUUGAUGGGAUUGUCCAAGUCGAUUACUUCCGCAAGAGCCCAGACCGACCUCCUCCGCUGGUCUGCUUCCUGAGCCAUGUGCAUAGUGACCACCUGCAGGGACUCGAGUCCUUCCGAGCGCCCUUCAUCUACUGCUCAGCAGCCACACGCGAGCUCCUCCUACGGCUCGAAAAGUAUCCUCAUCGGAUGAACUUCAGUAAAGGCAUUCUCGAAUCGCGCAGACUGCACUACAAGCACCUGUCCAAGCUGCUGAGGCCUAUUCCAUUAAACACGCCAACAGAGAUCGACCUGACCCCACGGCUGUCCAUCAGGGUCACCCUCCUCGAUGCGAACCAUUGCACCGGUGCAGUGAUGUUUCUGAUCGAAGGCGAUGGGAAGGCCAUCCUGUACACUGGUGAUAUCCGAGCUGAACCCUGGUGGGUCAACGGCAUCAUCCGGCACCCGAUCUUGAUCCCCUACACUUUGGGGACCAGGCAGCUGGACAAGAUCUAUCUCGACACCACCUUUGCCCGUCCAUCCCAUAUCUGUCGGGUAUUCCCGUCGAAAGCGGAAGGCUUGGCCGAAUUGCUGCGCAAGGUCGAGACCUAUCCUGAGAACACGACAUUCUACUUCCGUGCAUGGACCCUGGGGUACGAAGAAGUCUGGAUGGCUCUUUCUGCGGCGCUCCAGUCCAAGGUUCACGUCGAUCGAUACCAGAUGGACCUUUAUAGGUCGCUUGCCUUUUCACGGGUGGAAGGAGGCAUCAACGAGGUUCCCUCGCUCUGUGGGUUUGAUUUAGGAAACCGUUUCGUUCCAGGUUGUCUAAGCGAGGACGAGCGCGCUCGAAUACAUAGCUGCGAGCCCGGCGUGCAGUGUUCGGUGGCGAGGUCGAAGGGCACCGUUUACAUCAUGCCGGUGGUCAACCGGACAAAGGACGGCGCCGAGAUGCCCGAGUUGGGGGCGGGGGGAGGAGGGGGUGAUUUGUAUCAGAUCCACGAGCUCGAGCUGCCCGACAAGUCUGCCAUGGAGCAGCUGGAGAAGCUCUGUUUCGAGCGGAUCCAUGACACCCAGGCACUAUCGCAUACUCGACAGGCUCUUAUCGAGGCAUUCGAGUCGAAAAGAAAGGUGCUACCACUGGACAGCUUUGGAUUGAAGGACGCAGACGAGAUGCCUCUAGAGAAGCUGGUCAAGAUGCUAGGCCGUGGCCGUGCUGAGGAAACACAAUUGCCGGGUGACGAGCACCCUACGGAAGGCGAGGCGCUUCCCAAAGUCAUCCGCUUCCCCUACUCCCGACACUCCUCGUACUCGGAACUGUGUGAUCUUGUUGCCGCGUUCAAACCGAAAGACAUCCACCCCUGCACCGUCGACCCAGUGACCUGGACCGAAGAUAUCUCCAUGCAGAACCUCUUCGGCCACCUCUGCUCAGGUACCGAGUUCGCUCACGACCAGGUGAUGAGCGACAUGAUUUCCAACGAUGAGGAGCUUGUCCAUCGAAGGAACCGGUCAAGGCAAGCAGCUCCCUCCGCCACCCCACAAUCAAGCCAACAGUCAUCCGGCAUGACACUCGACACUCAGCAGUUUGAAGCACGCAAGCCAUCGUCGUCACUGCCAUCACUUCCUCAUCCACCACACAGAAAUCCCACCAUCUCCUCGGCAUCUUCCACCGAAGAACUCAACCUCCCCUCCUCCUUCGCAACCAUCAACGAAACCACCUACAAUCCCACUCCUUUCCCCCACCCAAAUACCACCACCACGCCAUCCCAGCCCCCCAUCAUCUCCCCCACAACACCCCAAACAGCCCAAACCCACCGCAACACAAUCCGACAAGCAUGGACCUUCCUCCAGACCAUGCCCGACUCCCAACGCGAAGCCUACAACCUGAGCUCCCUUCCAUCGUCGUGGCCGACUCUCAACGAGCAGGCCUCCGAUGAGAUUGUCGACUACGACCUCCCACAAUCAGCCCAGCUAAACCCUUCCUCCGGGGACCCCUUCGUUGAAGACAACAAAACCAUCCCCCCUUCCCCAGACACAGACACAGACACCACACCCUCACCACCAACAACAACAACCACUAACCCCCAAGUCCAACCGCAAGACCCACAUCCCACCUCCCCCAACACCCAACUCCAAACAACUCCCGUCUCUGACAUCCAAACCCACCCCACCUCCUCCCCAGAAGAAGAAGAAGAAGAAGAAGAACACUCCGAAACCCUAAUCGACGACCUUCUCACCUCCCCCUCGCCCUCACCUUCAACAUCCCCAUCACCUUCCCCAUCCCCCUCCACCUCAUCCACCACCAACAACGACAAACCCAUCCAACAACCCCCAACCAAACGCCACCGACCCACCAGCACCACCAGCACCACCAGCACCACCCAGCCAACGCGCAAACCCAAACGCCGCAAGCGAACCCAAACCCGGACCCGGCGCGAGGACGCCUACCGCGCCGCGCAGGCGGAUAGCUACGAGGCGUGGGCGACGGCCGUGGCGCUGAUGUCGACGGGGAAUAAUCAUUCGGAGGUUGAGAUGGAGCUUUAGUCUUGUUUCUUUGGCGACUCUUCUAGAAGGGGAGGGGAAUGGGUGGGUGGUGCUCUAGGGGUUUUAGAUACGCG